CAUGCCCCGGAAGUGAAGCAGCCAUGUUGCCGAGUGACCCGGGAGUGGGAAGAGGUGGGGUUGAAACCUCUGAAACGCGCCGCAGCCCAUACGGUGAAGGAGUCAGAAGCCGCUGAAGGGUUUUUUGUCCUUCGUCCCUCCCGGAGUUCACCCUUCCUCCGUUCAUCCUCCAUGGCAGCGUGGACUCGUGAAGCAGUGCUGAACCUCUACCGCGCUUUGCUGCGUCAGGGGCGUGGCCUGCGCUAUACUGAUCGGGAUUUCUAUUUCACCUCAAUCCGGAAAGAGUUCCGCAAGAACCAACAUCUUGAACAGCUUGAAGAUAAGGAGAGACAACUGGAAAAGGGCCAGGCUUUCCUACAUACCAAACUUGGUGGCUUGGUUUAGAAGUUUCCUUUUCCAUUCUUCUGUCCCCUUUUUCUCAGGCCCUUUGAUCACUUGUUCUGUAUGGUUAAUAUUGGGUAGUUGUUGCAAAUUUGAAAAAAAGAAACCUAAAAGGUUCCUGUAUACGUCUCUGGGAAUAUUACUCUGUCCUCAUCACAGAUGCUUUAGGUUUCAGGUGGGUUAUGUACAGCCAUGGAGUGCUGUGUUAAUUAUUCAUUGUGUUUAUUGUUGAUUGCCAAUUCAGUUCUAAAAUUCAGUUUUAAGAGAGUGAAGGUAAUUCAGCUAAGAUACCAAGGAGCAGAGACAGCUCUGAUGACAUUGCAA